ACUCGGAUUAGUCCAUCCUCUCUCUCUCUCUCUCUCUCUCUCUCUUAUAUCUCCGGAGGAGUAGCCAUGGACGGUGGCGGCGGCGUUGCGUGGACCGACGAGGUAGAGGAUCUCGUGGACCGCGGCGACGUCGAUGGCGCCAUAUCCGUCCUCGAAGCUGUGGUCGCGAGGCUCGAGGCCGAGGAGGUGCCCUCCUCCUCCUCCGCAACACCGCCGCCGCCGCCGCCGCUGCCGUGUCCCGGCGACCUCGGCCUCGCCGCCGCCCUCGGCGACCUCGCCGAGCUCCACGCCUCCCGCGGCUUCUCCCUCAAGGCCGACGAGCUCCGCUCCCGCGCCCUCGCCCUCCGCGCCCGCGCCGAUCGGACCCCUUCCCCCAAUCUAGGGGGCUCUGACCCGGCGGAGGAGAAGAAGACUCCGGCGAAAGAGGACGUUAGGGUUUCGGAAGAGACUAAGAAAAACCAGGAAGAGGAACAGGACGAUGAGGAUGAUUGGGAGGCCAUUGUGGAUCGCGGAGCGAUAGAGGACUCCUUGAAGCUGGAAACUGAUGCUGCUUCUUCAAAAAGCACUGUCGUGGAAGAGCCGGUGGUGUCUGCGACUCCCAAGAGAAGGGGAAGGGGUUCGUUUCUUUACGACAAGAGUGUGUUAUAUAGUGAUCAUCAUGGUGAGCAUACGACUCUGGAGGACAAAGCAGAGGCCAAGGACAAGCCAGAGGCUCACGAAUAUCAGGAUGCCGAUAAAGCUUCCGGAAAUAGAAGCGUGAGAUUUGGGACUAGCCAUGUUCUUGUUGUGUACGAUUUUCCACCUAGUACUCGCACAACAGAGUUAGAAAAGAUCUUCGAAGACUUUAGGGAUCGUGGAGUGGCCAUUCGAUGGGUUAAUGAUACUGUGGCACUUGCAGUGUUUCGAACACCAUCAGUCGCAUAUGAGGCUCUAAACAGUGUGUCGUCCCGAUACAAAUUACGCUUACUAGAUGAGGACGAUGAUCUUUUCCCUAAGCUUGACAUCAAAGAUCUGGAACCACCUUAUCCAAGACCAAAGACGUCAGCAAGAACUGCCCAGAGAUUGAUAGCCCAAGUGAUGGGAAUAAGACCUACCUCAAAUUUUGGCUCUGCUGAACUGAAGAAGCAGGAGGAAGCGCGAAAGAACCGAAUAGUUGCUCGGCAAACAAUGCGUGACGAAGCCUGGGGCUCAGACAAAUCUUAGCAUAUUAUGUGCACCGACCUUUUUAUCAUCUCCCUUUGAUUGGUUGUUCUCAUCACAUUUGUUUGUGUGAGUGGUUUGAAGAACAUGUUCUUGUGCAUCACAUGCUGGCUGUGCUUUCAGCUUUCGAGGGUGUUUUAUCUCCCCCCCUCUUCUUUCCUCUGUGAAUAAUAUCAUUGAGUGUGUCAUGUGAAUAGAACAUUACAAUACUGUUCAUUGUAAACAUUUGUAAAGCAGUGGGAAACUAAUUUGAAGAAGUUAUCGUUAUUUUUUUUGUUGAAGAUA